GUAUGAUAUUGGUUCCAUGGGCUGGUCCGCGUUAUGCGUGUAGUGUGCGGUACAGUACAGCAAACCCCGGCGCGGAGAACGCAACUCGAAUCCCUCCCGCGCCCACCACUCUCCGCUCUCGCAAUGCGGCCAACAGCGGAGGUGUAAGCAGCAUAGCAUCGUGAUGGUCCCAUUGGGCUCACGCUCGCUUCCGCUCUUCUCUCUCAACUGGGCAUAUCUACCCCCCGCGGAUGGAUAUAUCGCCGGAUAGGGCAGCGGAGAUAGAGUCUCCGCCGCCCCCAGAUUGUCGGCCUAAUACGUCGCGACUCACACCUACAUACAUCUAUAGUCGCACUUGUACCAAGUCUGGCUUGUGAUAAUAAAUAGAGGGGUGUUUUCGUCUCGAGAGGGCAGGAUGCUGGCUCCCUGCAAGCUGCGACUCUCUCUCUCUUCGCUCGUGUCUGCUUCGAGCUUGUAAGGCGUAGCUAUACAAAUCUGCUGCGAUGGCGAUCAUAGGGAACAGAGAGCAUCAUGUCGAUCCCCGGCUGACUAUCAUCGCGCAAGAAGACACGAAGAAAUGGUACCAGAAACCUCACCUACGGUCGCUUUACCUUGUGCUCAUACCCAGCGCCAUGGGAGUCGAGUGGACCUCAGGGUUUGAUUCCUCGAUGAUGAACUCCCUACAAGCCGUAGCGUCCUGGGUCGAAUACUUCGACAACCCAACCGAAGGCCGUCUCGGCCUCCUGAACGCAAUGUACUCCCUCGGGGCGCUCAUGGCCGUUCCGUUCGUCCCCUCGGCAUCGCAAUACCUCGGCCGGCGCUGGACCAUCAUGGCAGCAUCUCUGGUCAUGUGUGUGGGCGCCGGACUGCAAGCCGGAGCUCGGAAUAGCGACAUGUUCCUCGCCUCGCGCUGGGUGCUCGGGUUCGGCAUCCCGUUCGCCAUCGUCAACGCGUCGGCGCUCAUCGGCGAGCUGGCCUACGCGAAGGAGAGGGCGACCAUGACGUCGCUGUUCAGCGCGUCCUGGCAUCUCGGCGCCAUCAUCGCCGCCGGGACGACGUACGGCACGUUCCAGAUGCGGAGCACCUGGGCCUGGCGGCUGCCGUCCCUCCUGCAGUUCGUCCCGAGCCUCUGCCAGAUCGUCUCCCUCCCCUUCUGCCCCGAGUCGCCGAGGUACCUGUGCUCCGUCGACCGCGCCGACGAGGCCUACGAGAUCCUGCGCAAGUACCACAGCGAGGGCGACAACGGCGAGGAGUUCGUCCGCCUCGAGUUCGCCCAGAUCCAGAGCACCAUCGCCCAGGAGCAGGAGGUGGCUAAGAAAUUCAUAUGGGCAGACGUUCUCCGAGACCCGCCAAUGAGGCGCAGGUUUCUCCUCGCCGCGACCGUCGGAUUCUUCACCCAAUGGAGCGGCAAUGGGCUUCUUAGUUUCUAUAGGUACAAGAUCCUGAACCUCGUCGGCAUCACGGAGAACCGCACGGUGCAGCAGGUCAUCCUUAGUAACACGUGCUGGGGCCUGAUCAACGCCGUGCCCAUCGCGCUCAUCGCGCCGCGCUUCCCGCGCCGCGUCGGCUUCCUGACCUGCACCAUCGGCACCGCCGUCGUCUACACCGUCUGGACCAUCGCGUCGGCCCGCUUCGCCAUCGAGAACUCGGCGCGCGCCGCCAUCCCCGUCCUCGUCUUCAUCUUCGUCUAUUCGCCCUUCUACAACAUCGGGUGGAACGCGCUCAACUACACCUACAUGGUGGAGAUCUUCCCGUACCAGCAGCGCGCCAAGGGCAUCUCGGUGCAGCAGCUCACCGUCCGCUUCGCCGUCUUCUUCAACACCUACGUCAACCCCGUCGCCCUCGACCGCAUCGGCUGGAAGUACUACCUCGUCUACUGCGGCUGGAUCCUCGUCGAGAUCCUCACCGUCUACCUCCUCUUCCCCGAGACCCACAACCGCACCCUCGAGGAGCUCUCUUUCAUGUUCGAGGGCAAGGACGUCCAGGAGAAGGUCCAGCACAACGUCGACCGCCAGCUCGAGCAGGACGGCGAGCCCGGCCAGACCGCCACCGCGAGGACCAAGAUGGACGAUGUUUGAGUCCUCUCGCUCUGUGUGCCAGUGGAGGCAGCGGAAAGGGGUCACGCCCGAAACACGCUUCCUUUCCGUAGAGCUAAGUAAAAGUAGACUCAUACCAUUAGGUUAGAUAUUCAACUGUAUGCCCUAGUAACCAGAUGAAAGAAACGUCAGUACACGUGGACACAAUAGAACAGAGCAUUUCUCGGCGUAAAAGACAAAAG